AGGAGGGGGAGGGGGGUGCUGGGAGCUGUCACUGGGGCAAGGCGCGUGCUCACACCUCCAGGUUCUGAGCUGUGAAUCUGGGCGGCCCGCGCGGAACGAGGUGUGUGGCUCCGGCUGUCACCUUCCAUAGGCGGCUUCUUGUAGACGCGCCUGAAAUGCAGAGCACGGCCCACUAAGCACUGCCAGCCACAACUACAGCGUUUAGGAGCUCAUCCCCCUAACCUCUGCUCCCCCAGAUUCAGGCAGAUCAUCUCAGAGGACCCAAGACUCCAAAAAUGUUUCCUCUAAAGGAUGCUGAAAUGGGUGCCUUUACCUUCUUUGCCUCAUCUCUUCCACAUGAUGUUUGUGGAAGCAAUGGACUUCCUCUCACGCCAAAUUCCAUCAAAAUUUUAGGUCGAUUCCAAAUCCUUAAGACUAUCACCCAUCCCAGACUGUGCCAAUAUGUGGAUAUUUCUAGGGGAAAGCAUGAAAGACUAGUGGUGGUGGCGGAGCACUGUGAGCGGAGUUUGGAAGACCUUCUAAGAGAAAGGAAACCUGUGAGUUAUUCAACAGUUUUGUGCAUAGCAUAUGAGGUACUUGAGGGCUUGCAGUACUUGAACAAGCAUGGCAUGGUGCACCGGGCCUUGUCUCCUCAUAACAUCCUGUUGGAUCGGAAGGGUCAUAUUAAACUGGCUAAAUUUGGACUUUAUCACAUGACAGCCCAUGGUGAUGAUGUCGAUUUCCCAAUAGGGUAUCCCUCAUAUCUGGCACCCGAGGUAAUUGCACAAGGAAUUUUCAAAACUACUGAUCAUGUGCCAAGUGAAAAACCUUUGCCUUCUGGCCCCAAAUCAGAUGUAUGGUCUCUUGGGAUAAUUUUAUUUGAGCUUUGUGUGGGGAGAAAACUGUUUCAGAGCUUGGAUAUUUCUGAAAGACUAAAAUUUCUGCUCACUUUGGGCUGUGUAGAUGAUACUAUAAUAGUUCUGGCUGAGGAGCAUGGCUGUCUGGACAGUAUCAAGGAGCUUCCUGAAAAUGUGAUGAAUAUUUUGAAGAAGUGCCUCACCUUUCAUCCUUCUAAGAGGCCAACCCCAGAUGAGUUAAUGAGGGACCAGGUGUUCAGUGAAGUGUCACCUUUAUACACCCCCUUUGUCAAACCUGCCAGUCUGUUUUCAUCCUCUCUGAGAUGUGCUGAUCUAACUCUGCCUGAGGAUAUCAGUGACUUGUGUAAAGAUACAGACAAUGAUUACUUGGCGGAGAGAUCUAUUGAGGAAGUGUACUACCUUUGGUGUUUGGCUGGAGGGGACCUGGAAAAGGAGCUUAUAAACAAGGAAAUUAUUCGAUCCAAACCACCCAUCUGCACACUCCCAAAUUUUCUCUUUGAAGAUGGAGAAAGUUUUGGACAAGGUCGAGAUAGAAGCUCACUCUUAGAUGACACCACUGUCACGUUGUCGUUAUGCCAGCUAAGAAACAGAUUAAAAGAUGUUGGUGGAGAAGCGUUCUACCCAUUGCUUGAAGAUGACCAAUCAAAUUUGCCACAUUCAAACAGCAGUAAUGAGUUGUCUACGGCUGCUGCCCUGCCUUUAAUCAUCAGGGAGAGAGACACAGAAUACCAGCUGACCAGGAUUAUUCUCUUUGACAGGCUGCUGAAGGCUUACCCAUACAAAAAAAAUCAAAUCUGGAAGGAGGCAAGAGUUGACAUUCCUCCACUUAUGAGAGGCUUAACCUGGGCUGCUCUCCUGGGAGUUGAGGGAGCUAUUCAUGCCAAGUAUGACGCCAUUGAUAAAGACACUCCAAUUCCCACAGAUAGACAAAUUGAAGUGGAUAUUCCUCGCUGUCAUCAGUAUGACGAACUGCUGUCAUCCCCAGAAGGCCAUGCGAAGUUCCGGCGAGUACUGAAAGCUUGGGUGGUUUCUCACCCUGAUCUCGUGUAUUGGCAAGGCCUUGACUCACUGUGUGCUCCGUUCCUGUAUCUAAACUUCAACAAUGAAGCCUUGGCGUAUGCAUGCAUGUCUGCUUUUAUUCCCAAAUACCUGUAUAACUUCUUCUUGAAAGAUAACUCACAUGUAAUACAAGAGUACUUGACUGUCUUCUCCCAGAUGAUCGCCUUCCAUGAUCCAGAGCUGAGUAAUCACCUCAACGAGAUUGGCUUCAUCCCUGAUCUCUACGCCAUCCCUUGGUUUCUCACCAUGUUUACUCAUGUAUUUCCACUGCACAAAAUUUUCCACCUCUGGGAUACAUUGCUGCUCGGAAAUUCCUCCUUCCCAUUCUGUAUUGGAGUAGCCAUCCUCCAGCAGCUACGGGACCGUCUUUUGGCCAAUGGCUUCAAUGAAUGCAUCCUUCUCUUCUCUGACUUACCAGAAAUUGACAUUGAACGCUGCGUACGCGAGUCGGUCAAUCUGUUUUGCUGGACUCCUAAAAGUGCUACAUACAGACAGCAUGCUCAGCCUCCAAGGCCAACCUCUGAGAGCAGCUCAGUCCGAAGCUCCGCCCCUUACUUCUCUGCUGAGUGUACAGAUCCUCCCAAGACAGACCUGUCAAGAGAAUCCAUCCCUUUGAGUGACCUGAAAUCAGAAGUGUCACCCCGGAUUUCAGCAGAAGACCUGAUCGAUUUGUGUGACCUCACAGUGACAGGCCAUUUCAAAACCCCCACCAAGAAAACCAAGUCCAGUAAACCAAAGCUCCUGGUGGUCGACAUCAGAAACAGUGAGGACUUUGUUCGCGGUCAUAUUGCGGGCAGCAUCAACAUCCCAUUCAGCGCAGCCUUCACGGCCGAAGGAGAGCUCAGCCAGGGCCCGUCCACCACCAUGCUGCACAGCUUCAAGGGGAAGGUCAUUGUGAUUGUGGGGCACGUGGCCAAGCAAACAGCUGAGUUUGCAGCUCAUCUUGUAAAGAUGAAAUACCCAAGAGUCUGUAUUCUGGAUGGCGGCAUUAACAAGAUCAGGCCAACAGGCCUCCUCACGGUCCCCUCUCCUCAGAUAUGAAAGACCAAGUGCGUGGCUGACAAGACAGAGUGCCAUCACCCCCUCACAGCCUGUUACCCUGGGACCCAAGAGGACAUCAGACCACACUGCAUUGCAAAAUUUUCUCAUGAGAUAAAUCGUGACUCAAAUGGUCACCUAUCUAGGCAAGAAAUUUGGUUGUUCAUGUAUUGCUGAAAGAAUUUUUUUAAUAGUGAAAUCCGAUCAUGCCACAUAAAUCCACACUGCCACAUAAAACCAGAGGAAUUCAGCUGACAGAGCAGAUUUAGCACUGUCAAGAAUCCAAGAUGAACUGAGAAAACUGCUGUCCACUGCAUUGAGCAGACUGUCUUAACAAAGGUGUUUAGAAAAUAGGAUGUGUCUCACCACCUCUUCUUUAUGGAAGAAAUUAAAAAGCUAGUUUACAGUAAAUGUGGUAUUUGGUGUGUGUGUGUGUGUGUGUGUGUGUGUGUGUGUGUGUAUACAUGGGUGUGUAUGUGUUUAGACCAUUGUGAAAAGUGGUAGCAGCAUUCUCAGCGAAUGGAACUUCAGAGACCAGCCAUAUUUGGUAACAUAUUUGUCCACUUCCUAUAGCAGGAAAUUGAAAGAAUGACUCAAACAGCUUUUCUGACCUAACACUCAAGUCUUCAUGGACAGAGACUACUUCCUUACCUGCACAAAGGCACAGAGCUGAUAUCUACUGUUUUACCACAGAACAGUUUUCUUCUUGUGAAUAAAAAGAGCUCCUUAGACUGGCAGCAGGCAUAGGCCUAAGCCAGGAGCUUUCCCAGUGCUGAGAGGGGAAGUGGACACAGCCCGUCUCUCGCCUCGCCACAAAGCCGUCUCCAGUUGAUACCACUCACAAAGAAAAGUUAGUUUCUCCAGAGGAAUCUCACUGAGGGUACAAGCACACAGAGCCAGGCCCCAUGCCCAACAGUUGAUGGCCAACAAAAUAUGAACUCAAUUGUAUUUUUAGAUUUUUUUUGUCUGAUAUUGCUUUACUUGGCAUUUUUUUACCGUUAUUUUUUUCUUAUAUGAUAUUGUUUCUGAUUGUGUGUUUUUAUUGAUUUUAUUUGUGUGUAUGUAUAUAUAUGUGUGUGUGUUUCUCUGUGCUGUUUUUGUAUGUUGUUCUGUUUUAUUCUGGUUUGUUUUCUAGAUGAUGAAAAAGAAAGCAUGGAAUUGGAAGGGUGGGAAAGAUCUGGGAGACAAUUAAGUAAGGGAAACUGUGAUCAGAAUAUAUUAAACAAGAAAUUAUUUUCAAUUUAAUAAAAAGAUUCCUCUGUUCCCAUCAUUAUAUCUUCAAUCUAGAAGGAAAGAAAGAAAAGAGGGAAGGCAAGAUAGGGAAGACAGAAAUAGGAAGAAGUAAGGAAGAAACAUGAGCAGGGAAGAGAAGGAAGAGGCAUUCCCUUCCCUUCCCUUAAAGACACAACUGACCUGGGACACUCCCUCCACUGUCAGAAUGGUGAGCAGCCUGGACGCACAUGGCGGCACCCAGGAAGACUGGGUGAGACUGCAGCCUCUAGCUGAAAACCAUUUCCCCAGCUCCGAAAACCUGACUACAGUGAGAAGAAGAAAUAUGGAAUCAGAAAAACUAAGACAUUUCAUCAUUUGUAAGAGGAACACUUUUUUUUUUCAGAUUUCUGAAAUGGGAACAUAUCAUUUUAUUACUGAAAUACAUCCUUUGACUAUUUUAAAUGUUGUUUCUAAAGGAUUCUUCAUAACUUCUAUUCUUCAUCGCUGUGGAGACUGUCUUCUCUGAACAUUUGUACAAGAACCUCAAGCUUCUGGGCCUGGAUUUCAUUCUGCUAUGGUUUCUGUCUUUAUUUUGUUUGCAUCUGUUUUUAAUUUUGUAAAUAUAUACAUGUGGGUGCAGGUACCCAA